AUGUCGUCGUCGUCAGAUAGCGAGCCGGAGACAAGGGGACCCGCGCCAAGACUCGGCCCUUGUGAAGUAUGUGCCUCAAAGGAAGCACAAUACACGUGCCCUAAAUGCGAAGUAAAGACAUGUUGUUUAAACUGCGUUAGGAUCCACAAAAUGGAGCUAAACUGCGACGGUACACGGGACAGGACUAAAUUUGUUCGCAUCAGAGAUUUCACCGAUAGAGACUUGUUGAGCGACUACAGGCUGUUGGAAGAGUGUGCCAGGUUCGUGCAUGGAGUGAAACGUGACGAAAAGAAGAGGUUCACUAGGAUAGACAAGGAUCUGCCAGUACAUCUCUUCAAACUGAAGAUAGCGGCCAGAGACUGCGGCAUAGCCCUGCAGUUCCUCGCGCAAAACUUCUCAAGGCACUUCGUAAACACAACUCGUUACAAUUACAAAACAAACCUAAUUAGUUGGCGGGUGGAGUGGAUCUUCCCCAAUGCUGAACCGAAUAUGGUGAAAUUUGUAGACGAGAAAUGCUUGGAGACUAAAAGGCUUUCGGAGCUGUUGGAUAAGUACCUGGAUGUCAAUGCGGAGCCGUUUGAAGGAUCGAAGGCUCUGACUUAUUAUAAGUCUGUCGGGUUUAACGGAGUCAAAGUGCUGUUGAGAGCUGAAAAAGUUAAAGGAUGUGCUCGCAAGUUCUUCGAGCUGGACCCGAGCGAGACUUUAGCAGAGAACCUCUCUGGAAAGUGCAUAGUUGAGUUCCCGCUUGUGUUCGUCGUGCUGAAGGACCACGCCUACAAUUUCGAUAUCAUCACUCCAGAAGACGAAUUUGAAGAGGAACAACCGAUCGCGAAAGAACCUCCCGCACAAAUCGAGGCCAAGAAGAGAAAGAGGCCCCUGCUUACCGAGAAAGUGGCGCUGGAGAAACAGAAGGAGAUACAGCAGGAGAUCAAAGAAGAGAAAAAGAAGAAGCCUAAGAAUCUGCUUUUCACGACGGGGUACUCCUCCGAGGAGAGUUUAGACGUUAGUGAGGAUGAAAGUAACAAGUGAACAUUUAUACCUAGAAACUUUGCGUGUUGGAAUGUGCCAUCUCGUGACCUGAAUCGAAAGCGAAAACAAUAGCAAUAGGGUUGGCCGGUCGAAGUAUUUAACAGAUGGCGCCAGCAUAGCUUGCCUUGUGAAUCCCUAGUUGUCAAUUUUUUUUUUUUUUUUUUUUUAAUGUAAUUAUAUACCCUGGAUAAUUUUAUGUCCUGGCUGGAGCCCUUUAAACAUCUGCAAGCUAUGAUAGCGCCAUCUACGCAAACCUUUGACAGUUGCCAAGCCCAUUCACGCUUCCAUGCAGGUGCUGCCCCCUACACUUCAGUCUCACACUCUAUUUCGCGUAGUUUGCCAUCUAGUGGCAUAAAUCUAAAAAUGGAAACUUCAAAUAAUAGAAGCUUCGCGCUAUGGAAGGUAGAGGUAAGGAAAUGAAUCUUCAUGUAUCAAAAAGUGACCGUAAAAAAACAGUAAAUAGGCGGCGCCACCAUACACUGAAGUACCUAGACCAUACACAUAGUAUUUUAUAUAGAUGUGCACCCGUGCGACCGUGAGGGUCAGAACAUACGCAAUGCGACAAAAUUAAAAACACGUUUUAACAUUCCUGACAAGAUACCAGAAACAACCUACGUAAUUUGGUCGGGUUAUUUGCUGCCCCUUCCCUAUUUCAUAUCUACAUUAUUAUACCUCUAUGGUUCAUGUGAUAGAGUGUCCUAUAUAUUACAAUACUCUUUGGUCUCAGAGCCUACCUAGCGCCACUGGAGAGAUUAGGAACUAUUAUUUAUUGCUGAAAGCGGUCACUUUUGCAACAAUUCUGCCAUAAGAGAUUGGCAUCCUUUCUAUACCAUCCAUACUUCGCGCCAAUUAUAGACAUAGUAUAUACAAGUAGUUAUAGACGCGCCAUCGAGACCGGGGGUAAGAGAAAGAAUAUUCAUAUAAAAUUUGGCCAGCAUAGGAUUUUUUCUCUUUCACUCUUAUAAAUUUCGUUAUUUCGCCAUCGACUCCUACCUAUGAUGCCACCCGGUCGGUGAUAAGGACAAAGCAUGACACUAUUUUCUCUUUCCUCCUAUAGGAAUCGCAAUAAGACUAUCUUUCUCUAUCAAAGAGUGUCAGGCCCUUAGCGUAUGUACAUAUAUAGAAGCGUUUUGUUAGUGAGUGAACCUUUUGUACCUACUACUUUGUACUAUUAUUUAAUCUGUGCCUAGGGGCGGUUUUUAGACUAACGUUUUAAGCCGAAACGAGCGUAUACGCGCAGAAAAAUACGGGUUAUUGUUACCAGUGGUUACUUGGAAUUUUUUCCCACCUUUUAGGGGUCAUCCAUUAAUUACAUCACACGUUUAAGGGGGUAGGG